AUGAUGGAUCGGAAGAAGAAAAGGGGAUCGUGUUGGGGUUGGUUCGUGUUGUUAGUAGUGUUAGGAGGCGCCGCAUUCUCAUGUUUUGUACUCUUGAGGAACUCUAAAUCGGGCUCGGUUUUGGCUGCCACCUUCUCCGUCUCUAAGAAAUAUGCCAACGCUCUAGGCAUCGCAAUGCAGUUUUUCGACGUCCAAAAAUCGGGAAAGUUGGAGGAGGAUAACAUAGCUUGGAGAGGGGAUUCUGCUUUGAAAGAUGGAAGUGAGGCAAAGCUUGAUCUGUCCAAGGGGAUGUACGACGCCGGCGAUAAUAUGAAGUUUGGAUUUCCGAUGGCCUUUACCGCCUCCGUGCUCUCAUGGGCCAUCCUCGAAUACGGGGACCAAAUGAUGCUCGUCGAUCAGUUGGAGCCUGCUCAAACUUCCCUCAAAUGGAUCACCGAUUUCCUGAUCAACGCUCACCCGGUUGAUAAUGUUCUAUACAUUCAGGUGGGCAAUCCUAAGGUGGACCACGGUUGCUGGAACAAGCCGGAGGACAUGAUGGAGGCGAGGCCUCUGACGGUGGUGAACGUCACGUCUCCGGGGACGGAGGUUGCAGCCGAGGCAGCCGCGGCCCUGGCUUCGGCUUCACUUGUUUUUAAGAGCGUUAACACCACGUAUUCAAGUUUGCUUCUGAAGCAUGCUCGUCAGUUGUUCGUAUUCGCUGACAAGUAUAGGAAGUCUUAUAGCAUCAGCAUUCCUCAAGUUGCAGAGUUUUAUAACUCCACCGGCUAUGGGGAUGAGCUCUUGUGGGCCGCGGGCUGGCUCUACCACGCCACAGCCGAGCAACCUUAUCUCGACUUUGUGACCGGGAAAAACGCCCAUCAGUUUGCUGAUUGGGGGAAUCCGUCAUGGUUUAGCUGGGACAACAAGCUCCCUGGAGCUCAGGUUCUAAUGUCUCGAAUUAGCUUCUUCGGAGGAAAGGACGCCUCCAACUCCGACAUCCUCAUGCAAUAUCGGGACACUGCAGAAGUUAUAAUGUGCGGCCUUCUACCGGAAUCACCAUCCGCCACCUCUAGUAGAACCGAGAAUGGUUUGAUAUGGGUAAGCGAAUGGAACGCAUUGCAGCAUCCGGUUGCAUCAGCGUUUCUAGCAGUCCUCUACGGCGACUAUAUGAAUGCUGCGCAGGUGUCGUCUAUAUCGUGUGAUGGGACGACGUUUACGCCUGCGGAUCUUCGCGACUUCGCAGAGACACAGGUCGAUUACGUGCUUGGUAAAAACCCGAUGGAUAUGAGCUACCUAGUGGGGUACGGUGGGAAGUUCCCGGAAUACGUGCAUCACAGAGGGGCCUCGAUUCCGGGGGAUGAGUUCCCCACCUGCAAGGAGGGUUUCAAGUGGCUGCACUCUCAUAAGCCAAACCCUAAUGUGGCGGUGGGAGCGCUCGUUGGCGGACCAUUUCUCAACGAUACGUACGUGGACGCGAGGAACAACUCGAUGCAGGGCGAGCCAACCACCUACAACUCGGCUUUCAUCGUUGCACUCCUCUCUUCGUUGCUCAGCACCUCAUCUGAUAUUAAACCCUUUGCAUGAGGGAUGCAACAAAAAACAAAACCCUAGUUUUGUUUAUGGCUUUGAUGAGAUGAUAAUUUGCCAAGACCAAUUUGAAUUUAAUAUACUAAUG